AUGUUCAUUGCCCGCGCGCUGUCUCAAGACAUGGAGGCGCCUCUCGCCGAGCAGGGGAAGGGUAAGGCGGUGAAUCCCGACCUCUAUGCCAGCUCGGCCCCCACGCGAUGCCCAACGGCAGAGCUGCCCCCCUUCGAAGACGACCAGGACGACGACGUGCACGAGGAGAGCUGGUGCGCCACUGCGCUGCAGAGGGAUGGCGACGAGCCGGCGCUCCUCGAGACGGUGCCCUUCGAGACGGUGCCCCUCAGAGGCCAACGUCCCUGGAGGGGGCCUGCGAUGCCGGUGCCGAAGGAAGCCCCGCUCAGGCGCCUCCGGUCUCAGGCGUACUGGGAGCAGAAAGCCGCCGCCGCCGGGCGGCCGGCGUGCUCGCCGUGGGAGAUGGGAGUGAAGCAGUGCCGCCCGUGCUUCGACGAAGAGGGCUGCCUCGGGCCCGCGGCGGCCCCGACGCCGGCAGCAGAAGGCGCCGCAGGCGCCGGCCCAGCGGCGGCCGCGCCGCUGGCAGCAGGAGCCGCCGAGGGCGAAGGCGCGGCUGGCAGCCCCAAGAGCUUGGCGGGCGCCAUCUCGAGGGAGUUGCGCCGCGCGGCGCUCGUGCCGGUUCCGCCUCCGGCCCCGCCGAUUGCUGCGCCGCCAGGACUCGGACCACUCGGGGCCGUUCCACGCGGUGCCGCUCUGAGGUCGCGCGGCCGGUCGUACCACCUGGCGCGGAGCUGCUAG